AGAAAACCCUAACCUACUCGAUUUCAAUCAUGAUUUCCUAAAGGCAACAAUGGUGGGGUGGAGGAUUCGAGCAAACAUGGCGGAAAUAGACGUUGGACGAGUUUACAGUGGGAAUCCGUUAAUAUUCUCGAUUAAACUGUUUUAUAAUGGAGUUUUUACAAAGUUUCCUGGAAGGAGAUACAUAAAGGGAAAAGUAAAGUAUGUUGAUUUAGUGGACAUUGUCGAGUUCUCUGUUCAUGAUAUUGAUGAAAUGAUGGACAUCCUUGGCUACGUAGAGGAAGAAUGGAAGACAUCAACAACAGGGGAUUGUAGUGGUUCUACCAUACCAGAAGUUGAACAAUGUGGAAAACCCCCAAAUGAGCCUCAAUUUCAAACACAAGGUUUUGAUCAAGACUUUGAUCAUUGUGAAAACCCUCCAAAUGACUUUGAUCAAGACUUUACUUCAUUUGUACAAGAGUUUGAUCAAGGCGUUACUGCAUUUGUACAAGAUGAGGUCAAUCAAAAUGAGGAUAACAUGAUUGAGGAGCCUGACAUAGAUAUGAAAGAAUUUUUCUUGAACAUUGACCAAAAUACAGAAUGGAUGGGUGACAAUGGAGGGUCAAGUAUGAAGGUAGAAGAUGGUAAGGAAGAUGAAGAAAUCAAGAGUUUUGGUUCAUCUGAAGAGUUGAAAAACAAAAUAAAACAACAUGUUGUCGAGACUAGAAUAGAGAUUGUCAUAAUUAAAAAUGACAAAAAUAGGGUAAGGGCUGUUUGUAAAGGUAGUAUACCAAACCUUAUUGAAGUAGGUGUUGGUGGGCCUGUUGAAGAAAGGAAGUGCCCGUGGGUCCUAUAUGCAAGCAAGUGGAGUAAGGAUGCAGAUUGGGAGGUGGAAAGUAACCCCACGAUUCCUACAAGAGCUUUACAAGAACAACUCCAACGCCAAUACCAAUGUGACAUUUCAAAGACGAAGGUAUUUCAGGAAAAAAACGAGGCAAAUAUUCAUGUGAGAGGGUCAUUGAAGAAGGGUUUUGUAGCUGGAAAACAAGAUUAUGUUGGCUUGGAUGGGUCUUUUAUGAAUGGUCCUUAUCCAAGAAUAGUCCUCACUGCAGUGGGUCUUGAUGGAAACAACUGUACUUAUCCUUUGGCAUACGCUGUAGUAGAGGCCGAAAACAUCAAUUCGUGGACUUGGUUUUUAAAUUGUUUGGGUGAUGACCCCGACUUGCACAGUAACUCCAACUUUACAUUUAUAUCUGAUAGACAUAAGGGACUGUUGCAUGCAGUAGGUACACUUUUUCCAAGUGCAGAACAUAGGUUUUGUCUACGCCAUAUCCACGAAAACAUGAAAAAACAGUGGAGGGGAAGGGUCUUUCAGGACAUGUUAUGGAAUUGUGCAACUCACUGGGCUAGGUCACACUUCAUAGGGAGGGCACAUUGUGAUGGUCUUCUAAAUAAUUUGUGUGAGUCUCUUAAUAGUCAACUUCAAAAAUCACGUGAACAACCGAUCAUCACUUGCCUAGAAUUCAUUAGAGAGUACCUAAUGGUAAGGAUAGUCACAGUGCAAAAGGUAGUCGAUAAGGCAUUUGGACCUUUGACUCCAACUGCAACAACUGUAUUGGAAAAAAUGAGGAAAUGGGAACUUACUGGCAUCCCAUGUAAGCAUGCACUAGUUGCAAUAUGGGAUAUGAGAAAAAACAACAAAGAUGUGGGGUUGCCUGAAUCAUGGGUUCAUCCCAUUUACUGGCUAAAAACAUGGAAGGAAAUGUAUUCCUUCAAGAUUAAACCUAUUAAUGGAAGAAGAAUGUGGGAAAAAUAUCCUUUCCCUACCACAUUGCUACCUCCGAAACAUCAUGUCCCUAUUGGAAGACCAAAAAAGAAAUGA